ACAAGGAUAUGCUAAAUGCGUAACCAAACAAUCCAUUUGCAGCGAAUUUUGGGGGAGAGCUGAUCGUGGAGUAUUUUACAAGCUUCACUCAUCGGAGGAAAAACGUCGGCGAUGGGGAUUGAUAGGGUUUGAAGGAAGACGCAAAACCUAAUUUAGAAAUGGACAUUGAUAUCGACGAAAAUUCGACAGCCGAAGGAAAUGAACGGCGAACGAAGCUCAUAAUGGUGAUAUUAGUGGGUGCACCUGGAAGCGGAAAGUCCACCUUCUGCGAACUCGUAAUGGCUUCCUCUUCUCGCCCUUGGGUUCGAAUCUGCCAGGAUACCAUUGGAAAUGGCAAGUCCGGAACCAAAGCACAGUGUUUGAAGAGUGCAGCCAGUGCAUUGAAUGAUGGAAAGAAUGUAUUUGUGGACAGAUGCAAUCUUGAAAUAGAGCAGCGUUCUGAGUUUGUGAAACUAGGUAGCUCUCUAGUGGAUGUACAUGCUGUUGUAUUGGAUCUUCCUGCACAGCUCUGUAUCUCCCGUUCGGUUAAGCGGACCGGUCAUGAAGGGAACCUAUCAGGUGGAAAAGCUGCUGCUGUUGUGAAUAAAAUGCUGCAAAAGAAAGAAUUGCCGAACCUGAAUGAAGGGUUCAAGCGUAUAGCAUUUUGUCACAGUGAAACGGACGUUCAAUCCGCUAUAGAUACGUAUAAAUCACUUGGUUUACAUGAUGCACUUCCAGAUGGAUGUUUUGGACAGAAGAAUGCAGACAAGAAAGUACAAUUAGGCAUAAUGAUGUUCUUAAAGAAAGCAGAAAAUCCUGCUAAAACAUGUUCUAAUGCCAAUACCAUUAAGGAUUUUCCAAGUUCUCAAACUACCCAGGAAAAGAAAGAGUCUUCCUGCACAAUGUUGAGCAACGUCAAUAAAGAGUCGGAGAAAGGCGAAAAUCCAGGCAUUAGAUCCUUAGAAAACAAUAUUUCUGGAAGUGAUCCUCCAACUCUUGCGUUUCCUUCUAUUUCAACAUCGGAUUUCAAGUUCAGCCAUGAAAAGGCUGCUGAAAUUAUUGUUGAGAUGGUGGAGGAAUUCAUGGAUAAGCUUGGGAAUGCCAGACUUGUUAUGGUAGACAUAAGUCAUGGAUCAAAGAUUUUGUCUUUGGUUAAAGCUAAAGCGGCCAAGAAAAAUAUUUGUUCCACCAAGUUUUUUACAUUUGUAGGUGAUAUAACUAAACUCAAGUCAGAUGGUGGAUUGCACUGCCAUGUAAUAGCCAAUGCUGCAAACUGGCGAUUGAAACCAGGAGGGGGUGGUGUCAAUGCCGCAAUUUUUAGUGCUGCAGGUCCCAGUCUGGAAGAGGCAACAAAACAACAAGCCAAGUCCCUUCGACCUGGCAGUGUUGUGGCCGUUCAAUUGCCUUCAACUUCUCCUUUGUUUAAUAGGGAAGGGGUAACCCAUGUCAUACAUGUUCUUGGACCAAACAUGAAUCCUCAAAGACCAAAUUAUCUCAACAAUGAUUAUGAUGAAGGUUGCAAGCUUCUUCGUGAUGCUUAUUCUUCUCUAUUUCAAGCCUUUAUUUCAAUAGUAAAAGAUGAGUUUAAGUCGGCGAAGGGAAUUGACAAACGCCUUGGCUCAGCACCUUCAGAAUCACGAAAACACUCUGAGGACACCCAUCACAAGUUUAAGAGAGCGGAGUUCCAAAUUCCUGAAAGAAGCAAAAAGUGGAAAGGAACUCAGGAAUCAGCUGAAGCAUUAAACCAAAACAACAAUAAGAUUUCCCACAAGAUGAGUAAGCACUGGGGCUCGUGGGCACAAGCACUUUACAACACUGCAAUGUAUCCUGAGAGACAUGCCAAUACUGUACUGGAGACAUCAGAUGAUGUUGUAGUACUGAAUGAUAUUUAUCCAAAAGCACGCAAGCAUCUUCUGAUAGUGGCUCGAUAUGAAGGCCUCGAUCAACUAGCUGAUGUACAUAUAGAACACCUUCCACUGUUGAAGACGAUGCACGCCGUGGGUUUGAAGUGGAUUGAUAAGUUCAUUCAUGACGAUGCAUCAUUGGUUUUUCGCCUCGGAUACCACUCGGCUCCAUCCAUGAGGCAACUGCACCUACAUGUUAUAAGCCAAGAUUUUGACUCCAGUCAUCUGAAGAACAAGAAGCAUUGGAAUUCUUUCAACACCGAUUUCUUCCGAGACUCGGUCGAUGUUAUAGACGAAGUCAGUAACCAUGGAAAGGCAAUCAUCAAGGACGACGAGAGCUUGAUGUCUAUGGAGUUUCGUUGCAACAGAUGCAGAAGUGCCCAUCCCAACUUACCCAAAUUGAAAACACAUGUUUCCAAAUGCCAAUCGCCUUUCCCUUCCACGCUACUCGAGGGCAGUCGUUUAGUGAAUGCUUCAGGUAAUUCUCGUAACUCUCUUUCGUAGUUUUCAUUUCAUAAUGUCCUCCAUACAAAAUUUUCUGGUUGUAUAUGUUUUGAGCUCAAUAUCUUUGGGGGGUUUAUGUAGUUUAAUGGCCUCAGGAAGCCUUAGUUAAUAGUGUUCUUAAUCA